AUGUCUUCGAGUUUCAACUCCAAAAUUAGUACCUUAAAUGACACACAUCCUACAUUAAGACAGUAUUACGUAGAGCCAUUAACAAAGAGAUUUACGAUAUGCAUAGCAAAAAUUGACUUGAUCAUAGAUGAUGCACCUUAUAGUAAUAUUGAUGAUCUUGCAGAUAAAUAUGAAGAAGUAGAAGAGUUAUUGGUUCAAUUUUUAACUUUAUCAAGGGAAAUUGAUGAUGGCGAGACUGAUACUUUAGGACUACUUGCGGUCAAACUAUCUAAAAUCUUAAAAGUUUUAGUACUUCAAUCAUAUUUAAUACGGUACUUACUGAAUUUUGACGUUAUGUAUGAAUUUAUGAAGACCAGCACUAUACUAGAUUCUUUAGUAAGGUUAUUAUGUUUUUCCUAUGGUAUUUUACCAUUUAAUCCUAAAAGAAUCAAAAUUGAGGACGAAACAACGAGCCUGCUAAUUUUGAAUUUUACCAAAUUGCAGACUAAAUGUUCCAAUAUUAUGAAUCGUAGAAAUGGGCAAUUGCAUAUUCAAGAUACUUUCAAAGUGUCAAAAGUGAAAAGGCUUAAAAAUUGUCAGAAAGGUACUCUAAUGGGUAUCACUGCCUUAGAAAAGCGUUCAGUCCCUGUUCCAAAUUCGAGUCCUGAUUCCCACGAACAUUUUAAUGGUGUCACUAAAUGUUUAUUUGCAAUAAUUAGCAAAUGCGUGGUUAGUGUCUCAAUUUUGAAGUUAUAUGAGACUGAUGUAUAUACAAACUGCCCUAUUUCUUUUUACCUCGAGAGUUUACAUGUCUUACUUCUAAACUACAAGCAACAAAGUUCUCCAAAAGGCGAGCACAAGUUAAUUCUAAAAUCGAUCUUAUCAAGGGCCCUCAAAGAGUCAGAUUCUGACUCUUUGGAAAAUUAUAAACCGGUAAUUCGAUUAUAUCACGAAAUCUUGGAUGCUGACACUGCCUUGGAAGAAGAAUCGAGCUUUUUUAAGAAAACAGUUUUGAAAUUGACAGAGAAUCAACCAAAAGUUAUUGAGUAUAAUAAUUACAAAUAUUACAUUGAAAAACAAGUGAAGGAGCCGGAAUGGGUCAAUGUUUUCUUCGGGGAGCUGAAGGGUAUACAAAAUCGCAUUGAUGAUCACAAACUGAUUCGAUUUCAAGGAGAAAAUACAGAAACAGUGACUCUGGUACUUGCACAUGACUUUGACACCACUGAUUUACAGCAGCCUAAAAGGAGGGAUGCAAAAACAGUGCUCAAAUCGUUCAUUACUUUCAAAUCCUCAAAGCUUCCGAAGAAAUCUUGUAAAAAAUGUAGAUUUUUUCCAUGGCAUAACAGAUUUCAUAAAGAUUCAGCAUUUAAUUAG